GGAAUCUAAUCAGUCCCUUAGCCGUGGCAUCUUUUUGCGAGCAAGACUUUCGCAAAGGCGUUGGGCACUGAAGGGGGUUUAUAGCCGUCUUCCACCAGGUCUUUCAAAGUCAAACAAUUAUCAACUUGAUUUCAGUCAAAAUGCCUGGUCCAAGAUUGCUCAACAAAGUCACCAUUGUCACAGGCUCUUCUCAGGGCAUUGGCCGAGAGAUAUGCACCCAGUUCCACGAAGAGGGUGCUUUUAUUGUCUGCUCGGAUUUGCGUCCAAGUGGACAAGGGGAAGAUGUGCCCACACAUGAACUUAUUACACAGAAAGGUGGCAAGGCCAUUUUUGUUCAGACAGAUGUCAGCAAGGCAGAGGACUGGGUCUCUUUGAUCGCAAAGACUGUUAAUGAAUACGGCAGGCUCGAUAUUCUCGUGAACAACGCUGGCAUCUGUACCGAAGCAAAUAACCCUCAGCCUAUCGAUGAAGUAGACGAGGCCGCUUUUGAUGCUCAUCUCAGGAUAAAUACCCGUGGUGUAUUUCUGGGCUGCAAGUAUGCAAUCCAGCAAAUGAAGAAACAAGAGCUGGAUGCAAGCGGCCUUCGAGGGCGCAUUGUUAACUUUGCCUCUAUGGUUGCCAACAUUGGCAUGGCAGGACUCACUGGAUACACCGCGUCGAAGGGAGCUGUUGCUGCCAUGACUAAAACGAUUGCUUUGGACGUUGCCAAACAGGGCAUUGUUGCUAAUUCAAUCAGCCCUGGAUUCACCCAAACUGCGAUGCUCGACAACGCGCUGGGUGGUGCACUGUCAUCGGCACGAGACGCUGUCCUUGCCGCUCUCCCCAGGGGCCGUUUUGGCGAGGUCAAGGACCAUGCACGAGCAGCGGUCUAUCUAGCGAGUGAUGACGCAGCAUGGGUGACUGGUAUCAACCUGAAUGUUGAUGGUGGAUUGACUGCCCAGUAGUUCGUUGAUUGGCAUUUUGGAUAACCAAGAAUAGACUUUUUUUUUCACGAUUGGAUCAUUAUUCUCGUAUUCUUUCU